AUGGUCUCCUCAAAGAGAGUUUACAACUGGUAUAUUUCACUGGUGGCAGCGAUGUGCAUGGUCCUCUAUGGAUACGAUGCCUCGGUCUUCAACUCCCUCCAGGGCUCGAACAACUGGCUAGCCUACUUUGAUCUCGAUCCCAAUCAAGACACAUACAAAAUCGGUUUGAUCAACACGGCAUACACAAUCGGUGCUAUCGUCUCUGGCUUUUUCCUCGGCGGGCCAACUGCUGACUACUUAGGAAGACGAUGGGGCAUGUUUAUUGGCUGUCUCCUCACUGUCAUCGCGACCUUUAUACAGGCCUUUUCCCCAAGACACAACCUCGGCUGCUUUAUUGCCGGCCGUGUCCUUAUUGGCAUUGGCCAAGGCAUGGCUCUGACUGCUGGGCCUGUAUAUAUCGGCGAGAUGGCCCCGUCACAUAUCCGUGGAGUAAUCAUGGCCUUUUGGCAGCUCUUCUACUCUGUCGGGUCCUUUCUCGCGUACUGGAUCAACUACGCCUGCUCCCUCCACCGCAGUGCGCUUGGAGAAUGGGAUUGGAAGAUGGUGGUUAUCUUCCAGAUCAUGGUCCCAAUAAUUAUCAUGGUCCUGCUACCCUUUCAGCCCGAAUCGCCGCGUUGGCAUAUCCAGAAGCACGGGGAUGUCGACGCUGCAAAGGCCGCUCUUCGCAAAAUCCGCGAUACUGAACAAGAGGUUGAGGACGAGGUUAUGGCUAUCCGCGAGGCACUUGAGUACGAGAAGGAAGCAAUCAGCCAUAACUACAGCGCUCUAUUUAAAGACCCCUCUGUGCGCAAACGAUUAUACCUAGCUUUCAUCGUCAACGUUGGCCAGCAGCUUACUGGACAAGGGACGCUUAAUAGCUAUUCUACAGCUAUUUAUAAGAAGGUCUUUACCUCAACCCAAACGAUUAACCUCAUCAAUGCUCUUAAUGCCACCUUUGGAAUUUUGUUCACACUUAAUGCAACAUGGACAGCCGACCGUUUUGGUCGUCGUUGGCUGUUUAUAGUCGGCGCUAUUGGCAUGGGCUUGUGCAUGUUGGUUGUUCCCGUCAUCGGUCAGACAACUCCUGAUAUCGAUGGUACCAAGUCUAAAUCAGUCGGCAUCUCAAUUGUAUUUCUGUUAUUCUUGUUCAUCUUCUUUUAUAAGCCGUCCUGGGGAGCUACAACCUGGAUCUGGACCUCAGAAAUCUUUAGCAUGAAUGUCCGGGCACAGGCUAUUGGAAUGUGCUCGCAGAUGCAGAAUGUCGCCAACACUGUUUUCCAACAGUUCUUCCCAACUUUUCUUAAAAAUCAGGGUCUCAAGUGCCUUUACUUUUUUAUGGCUACGAAUAUCUUCCUCGCCAUCUUUGUCUACUUCUUCAUCCCCGAGACUAAGCAAAUUCCGCUAGAGGAGAUUGACGUCCUGUUUGGCGGCGCCAACCACGUUGACAAGGGUGCCCAGAUACUUGGCGUUCCCGAGGGCCGGAGCAAUGCCGCAUAUAUUUCUGAGGAGCAUAAGGGUGCUACUGGUCAGAGAGAAGUUGUGGAGCAGGUUGAUCGGGUCUGA